UUGAAAAAUAAGUACGGACGUGCCCCUAUUUUUGAUGCAACUAUCAAUGACCACUAUGAUGUUGUUAAAAUACUGAUCGACCAUGGUGCUGAGAUAAAUAUAAGAAAAUUUGACGGAUGGACACCAUUAAAUAUGGCCGCAAAAAAAGGUUAUCUGCAAAUGGUUGAACUCUUCCUUAAGAAGGGCGCAUCUGUUAAUAUCCAGACCUAUAGCGGUGAAACACCGUUAUACCUCGCUGCAAUGGCAGGUCACAAAGAUGUCGUUCAAUUAUUAAUCCAACGCGGUGCUAAUGUCAAUUUGAAAGAAGACGAUGGUGGAUGGUCACCACUGCAUAGAGCGGUUGAGAAUGAUUUUGAGGAGAUUGUGGAAAUUUUGGUAGCAAACAAAGCCGAUGCUUAUUCUCAAAAUAAAUACAACGCCACACCUUGGAGUAUUGCUCAUAACAAAGGAAAUAAAAAAAUCAUUGAAUUACUUAAAAAAGCACCUCGCAUUUCAGAAAUAGUCUGUCGAUCGUUCGGCGAAAUUGCAACACCACGUAUUUUUGGGGGUGAAGGGACGGAAGAUGGUGAAUUCCCCGCAAUGGCUGCUCUUGGCUAUUUCGAUAGACAAGUACUAGUUUAUAAAUGUGGCGGUUCCAUUAUUUCGGACCAAUUCGUACUCACUGCAGCACAUUGUAUAUACCCUAGUAAACCUAGGGUUGUUCGACUGGGAAAGGCUAAAAUAUUCGAUGACAUUAAUGACCCAACUACUGCAGUCAUACGUAAUAUAAAGACGAUCAUCAUUCAUCCCGGUUAUAAUCUCACAACCAAGUGGAAUGACAUUGCUUUGAUUCGAGUUUUCGAUAAAAUUCCAUUUAACGAUUUUGUGUGGCCAGCGUGUUUACAUACAAAUUUUGGAGAUGUACCAUCAAGUCAGAAUCUCACUGUUACCGGUUGGGGAAUUAGCGAUCCGAAAAGAUACACAACGAUGUCAAAAUUAUUGCGUAAAGCAAAUUUGAAAUCAAUGCCACUAGAGGAAUGCAGAACAAGAUUGAUGUUGAAUCAUUGGCAAGAUGCAGCUCUUCAAAGUGGUUUUAUUGAAGGGCAGUAUUGUGCUUAUGGUGCUGGAGUUACCGAUGCUUGUAGAGGGGAUAGCGGCGGCCCGUUGCAAUAUCUCAAGACCAGCACAAGCGUAAUAGUUGGUAUUGUAUCCGUUGGUGACUACUGUGGGUUGGAUUCACCGGGCAUAUACACUAGAGUCGCAUCCUAUUUAGACUGGAUUGAAUCGUACGUGUGGAGUAAUUUAUACAAACCAAAUUAAU